GCAGCACCUGUGGAGAGAAAUCAGAGUUAACGUUUCGGGUCCAGUGACCCUUCCUCAGAAUCCAACUCAGUCCCCCGUUCCCGUUUUCUCUUCAUAUCCCUAAAAUCUCCUUCUUGAAACAAUUCAAAAUUUCGGCCUGGACCACUUUCUGUUCCUGGCUGGACCCGGGGUUUGUGCUGAGAUUCCCAGAUUUGGAAAAGACUGACAUCAGAGUGAAGAGAAUUCCUUAUUUAAAACAGAGAUGCUAACGGGCAGGAAUCAGGGGCGUGUUUGGGGGUUGCUACCCCAGGAUCCUGGAGCGACAUGUGAGUCAUGUGAUCCGAGACAGUAUUUAACCUGACUUCAAGCCAGAAGGAGGAGGGAAGGGAAGUGAAGUGACAGCGCUUUUGGGUAAGGAGGGAACAAAAUGCUAACAGAUUUCAGCUCUAUCAUCUCGCCAGUUGUUCAAGCAGCAGCAGCAGUGAGCUCAAUUCACAGCUUUGGGAUCUCUGGGUUGGAAUUGUGGCUGGAGGGGAGAGAUAUCCUUCUCUCCGAUGUUGUGCAAUGUCCCGUUUCGACAAGAAAGCUUUAGAAGAAGUUCCACAGAAAAGGUUGAUGUGCAAAGCCAAAGCACAGUGGAAGUUGAUUUUUUUUGUGGUGGGUUUGAUUCUCGUGGUCCCGCUGUUUGUGAUGGUUGUCCAGUACAUACACAGCAACCCUUCACUUCUCCUCCCACCGUACCUAGGCCAAGGUGGAAUUUUCAACAGAACAAGAGUUUUCAGUCAUCCGAGAGAGAGUCCACAGCUCCAUGAUUUGCCUGGAUACAUCAGUAUGACAACAUUACAGCCUCUCCGCCUGCACUGCGACCUGUGCAGCAUCGUAUCGAGCUCCGGCCAGAUGCUGGGUCAGCGAGCUGGGUCGCUGAUCGACCGGUCGGCCUGCGUGUGGCGCAUGAACAACGCACCCACGGCCGGGUUCGAGACGGAUGUAGGCACCCGGACCACCAUCAGGGUGGUGUCUCACACCAGCGUGCCCCUCCUCACCCAGAGGCAGCAGCAUUACUUCGGAGAGGCCAACGGGACGAUCUACGUGAUCUGGGGGCCCUAUCGGAACAUGCGACAGGACGGGAAGGGGAGCACCUACAACGCACUGCGGCAGAUAGCAAGGAGCUACCCCCAUGCCAAGAUCUACCUGACCACCGAGGAGCGGAUGAACUACUGUGACAAGGUCUUCCAGCAGGAAACAGGAAAGGACAGGAUGCAGUCAGGUACUUACCUGAGCACUGGCUGGUUCACACUCCUGCUGGCCAUGGAUGUCUGCCAGAAAAUCCAUAUCUUUGGAAUGAUUAAUGAUACCUACUGCAGAGCUGAAGGGCGUAAGAAAGUUCCUUAUCAUUACUAUGAAGCUGGGAGUCAAGAUGAGUGUGAGAAGUAUGCCAUUCACGAAAAUGCCCUCCGUGGAGGUCACCGAUUUAUUACUGAGAAGGCCGUCUUUGCAAAGUGGGCCAAGACUCACAACAUAACCUUCUCACACCCAGCCAGUAUCUAUCCUGAAUCAGGCUCUUAGAUUGCUGGACCACACCAACAGCACAGAGAGAACAAGGUCAUUGUCGCUCCAUUAUAUUCACUGUGGAAUCAUUUCUCCUUCUAUUGUCUGUCUGAGGACCGCAUAAGGUUUCACACACACCUGAACAAACCCUUUACAGCUGUCAUGAAAGGAAGAGGAAAGAAAGCCAGCAACCAUUAUAAGUAUUCAUUUUUCACUGCUAUGGUGCUGUAUAUUAAAGAGAAGCACUUUAAGUAUUGACAUCACUGCAUCCAACAAAGUUUAAAUUACACUCUGUGUUUUAAAUGUGAUGUAGAUGAUCAAUAUGAUGGAGGACUCAGAUAGACAUGAGCCUUUUAAGCUUGACACCUCAACUCUGAGCCAGCUCAGGAAAUUGGAGGUUUCCUCAUGGUAAUGUUGCUACGUGAAUUAAAUUACAAUGUACCAGAAUCGAGUUCUACUGAGCAGCACAUUGAUAAGGGGGGCAGUCUCUAAUUGAUCAUCAUAUCAGUGUGACAGGCUACGAGCUGGAUAUUCUGUGAUGCACCUCUCUAAUUCUCCAGAAGUCUGUCCAGCAUUAACAAGGCGCAAGUCAGGAGUUUGAUGGAAUACUCCCAACUUCUUUAAUAAGUGCAACUCCAACAACACUCAAGCUU